GCCAUCGCCAGUUUCCGAACGCCAAACGAUCGGGAAGAAACAGUGCUGCUGCGUCUCUCAACCCGGCGUUAUUCCAAGCGCGUGCGGACGCCGCGUUCUUAGGAUCUGUUCAUUUUCUAUUCUGCUGUGAGUGUUUUCCCAUUGAAGGAAAAAAAAAAAAUAGCAACGGGGGACGCUGGUGUUUUUGUUACUGUACCCAUGUUCGAGACUUGCAGGCUGAAAUAGAAUUGUUGUGAAGGUGGACAGCUGGUUUGUUUGGAAUAAAAGCAUGGUUUUGUGGAUUGGAUUAUUGUGGCUAAUAUUUUUCCAUAAGUGCCUGAUCGCUAGCGGUCAGUCGCGUCCACCUAGAAUUACAGAACAUCCCUCAGAUGUCCUGGUCCGGAAGCAUGAACCUGCUACUCUCAAUUGCAAAGCCGAAGGACGACCAGAACCCACCAUAGAAUGGUAUCACGAUGGCAAUCGCGUAAUGGAUAAUGCCAACAGGAUGGUGCUUCCAAGCGGAUCUCUUUUCUUCUUACAUGUCCUCCAUACCAAGAGAGAGCAAGAUACCGGAACUUAUUGGUGUCUGGCUACAAAUGAGUUAGGUAAAGCCAGAAGUCGAAAUGCUUCACUGGAGGUGGCUGUUCUUCGAGAAGAUUUCCGGGUUGUCCCCAAGUUUGUUUCGGCAGCAGUAGGCGAGAGUUCCACUUUGGAAUGCACUCCACCCAAAGGUCAUCCGGAGCCCACAGUACGCUGGCGUAAGGAUGGCGAAGUGGUGAAUACCGGCAAGGGAAGAAUCCGGAUUGUACCUCCUGGAAAUUUAGUGAUAUCAGAAGUGCGUCAAAGCGAUGAAGGACGAUACACAUGCGUUGCUGAAAACAUGGCUGGGAUGCGAGAAUCUGUGCCAGUCCACAUGGCUGUUCAUGUGAAACCUUUCUUUGUAAAAGAGCCUGAGCAUCUAACAGUUCUUGCAAAUGUUGAUGUCACGUUUCCUUGCAAAGUGGAUGGUGAUCCUCCACCUUCAGUUACAUGGCGUAAGAAGGACGGGAAAAUGCCUGUUGGGAGAGCUGAAGUGUCAGAGGAUAGUAGCCUGAUUGUUAGAAAUGUCAAUGUUGCAGACGAAGGUACAUAUGUGUGUGAAGCUGAAAAUUUAGUUGGUUCUAUCACAUCAGAAGUUACUCUUACUGUUCAUUCUCGUCCUAAUUUCUUGAUAAGGCCCAAGGAUCAAAGAAUUGGAUUGAAUGGCAUUGCUAAAAUGGAAUGCAGUGCUACUGGAAAUCCACCACCUUCUAUAUUUUGGACUAAAGAAGGAAAUCAGGUUCUAAUGUUUCCAGAAAGAUCUUAUGGGAAGUUUUCUGUUAGCAGAGAUGGAACCCUAACUAUUUCUGGAGUUAGUAAAGAAGAUGAAGGCUAUUACAUCUGUUCCAUUCUUUCUGGCAUAGGUUCAUCAAUGGCUAAAGCUUACUUGGAAGUAACUGCUAUUGGUGACCUACCAGCUCCUAUAAUAAAAUUGGGUCCUGCUAACCAAACUUUACCUUUGAACACGGUUGCAAUGCUUCCAUGUGAAGCUACAGGUGAUCCACCUCCUAGUAUUCGGUGGUUUGUAAACUCUGCUCCUCUGCAAACAAGAAAUCCAAGAUUUGUUGUUUUGGAUUCAGGAACUCUCCAAAUUGAUGCCUUACAACCUGAAGAUUCUGGUGUUUAUACCUGUACUGCAUCCAGUGAAAGUGGAGAAACGUCUUGGAGUGCUGCUUUAACUGUUGCUUCUCCAAGAAAUCCGAAUGUAAUAUUUCAUAGAAUGCCUGAUUCCUCAACCUAUCCAGGCCCUCCUUCCAAACCUGUGGCCAUCAAUGUUUCUGAGACUUCUGUAACUUUACAGUGGAAAAGAAAUUCUAGAAUGGGAUCCUCACCUGUAAUUGGAUAUACAGUGGAAUAUUACAGCAGUGAUCUUCAAAGUGGAUGGGUUGUAGCAGCUCAUCAGGUGGAAAAAGAAUUGUAUGUCGCCUCUAAUUUACGUCCUGAUACCAGAUAUGUGUUUCUAAUUAGAGCAGAAAAUUCACAUGGUUUAAGUGUUCCCAGUUCAGUUUCAGAUGUCAUUCGUACAUUAGGAUUUCCUUCUGGAGUGCCACAUUAUAAUUUGGAUGAAGCACGUAAUCGUUUGAAUGAUGUAUCUAUAUUUCUUCAAGAUAUCAUCCCACUGACUUCAACUUCAGUAAAGAUGAUGUGGAAAGUUCAAGGUGCUUCUGGAUACAUUGAAGGAUUUUACAUCAGAUUCCGAGAUUUAAGUGGUGGUUCCCAGAAGUAUAAUAUGGUCACUGUUUUAAAUGGUGGCUCCUCAUCAUACAUCUUGUCUGAUUUAAAGAAGUUUACAAAAUAUGAAUUCUUCUUAGUUCCUUUUUAUAAAAAUGUUGAGGGUCCUCCUAGCAAUUCAAAAGUAGCACAGACGUUGGAAGAUGUUCCAUCUGCUCCUCCUGAUAAUCUCCAAGUACGUGUCAUAGGACCUAAAAUGGCUACCAUUUCUUGGUCUCCCCCUCCACCACAACAUCGAAAUGGACUGCUGCAAGGUUAUUCAAUAAGAAUAUUGGAUAAUUCUUCCCAACUGCAUGCUCAAAUAACAACAAAUGCAACAACAACAUCUGUCACUUUGACCAAUCUGACUGCUGGAUCUGUUUAUAACAUAAAAGCUGCUGCACUCACCUCUUCAGGAAUGGGACCUUUUUCACCGUCUAUACACCCUAAAAUUGAAUAUGGAACAGUAACGUUCAGUGAUCGUCCAACAUCUGUUGUUUCGGAUAUUGGAGACAUUGUUCGACAGCCUUGGUUCAUUGCUGUAAUUGGUGCUGUCAUUUUUAUACUGUUGUCAGUUUUCUUUAUCAUUCUUUUCAUCAGAAGGAGAGCAGCGUGGAAGAAGGAAUUGCAAGCACACUUGUCAGGUCCUGUACAUAAAGCAGAUGAUGUUCGAGUUGGUGUGAGUGCACGAGAGACUCUGUGGAUUAACCAAGCAUGGCAUCCAACUACUGCAGGGAAAAAUAGCUUACCAGAUGGGAAACCUAUAAAUAAUGUUAAUCCUGGGAUGGAUCGUAGUUACAUAAGCUUGUAUUCCCCUUUUUUAAGCAGUGGAGGAGCCUCGGAUUAUGCAGAGGUUGACACUCAUAAUAUGACAACUUUUUAUAAGAAAGAGCUUCCAUGCAUUCCUGCUCCAUAUGCUACAACAACACUCAUAAAUCCUUCUGCAAGACAUCACAGUGGUUCAGUUCAUGAUGGCAAAAGCAGUGGUUCUGAAAUCAGCAAAAAAUCAGAUAAAAUGUAUGAUAUGGAAGCACGUCUAAUUGAAGAUUGUGUAACAGAGCAGCUCUUGGAUGCUAAAAAUGUGAUAAGCCCAUCCAGUGAUUCUGGAAGUUAUACUACUGAUGAGUAUGGGCUUCCUGUGCGCCGGAAGAGGCUGCGAGGUGGUCAAAAGGGGAGUGUCCUCAACUGGAUGGAAUUCAUUCCACCCCCACCUGAUCAUCCUCCUAGUGGAAGGGCAUCACCUGCCCAGGGGUCACAAAAUGUUCGCAAUCCUUAUCCCAUUAGGAACAUUCAUUCCCAGAUUCCUUUAGAUAAUUGUUCCAAUUUAAGUCAUUCACCUCAAGUGAGCCGUAGUCUUCAAUCCACUGCCCUGGCGAGGCACACCCCUACGUCUCCCUGGUCUCACAGUCUUAACCGCACUCCUGAAGAUUCAGGUCUUCCACCUGUGCCUCCCACUUCCUCUGCUGGGAUGAGGUACCCACCUCCUAACAGUCACGCUCCUAAUCCACAAUCCUAUGGUUCUAGUCCUGGUAUUGACAGAGGGGUACAGUCCUCUCUGCUUUCACUUGCUAGUGAUCCCUGUCCUGGUAUAAAGAAAGGGAGUCAAGAAAGGUGUCCAAAAGUCAAUUCCCUGAGAAAUAAUCCAGGUGUCAUCUAUCACCAACUGCAUCCUGAGCCUGAAGCUCAAGAUAGGGUUAGGUACGAUAAUGUAAUGCAAUUAAUGAAAAGGGAUGAUCAUUCUCCUGUGUCUAGUAUUCAAGGUGAUGGAGACUAUGCUCCUGGUCAGUGUGUGGCUCCUUCUUGGACGAGUGUAACCGAUAGAAGCAGUACAUCCAGUCCUCGAUCAAGUGUAGCUAGUUCCUCCGAUGGGUCAGUGUAUACUGAUUCUGACUUUGCCAAUGUGGUUGCAAAGGCAGCUCAGAAUGCAGGCUUUCAUCUUUUUAGGCCACCUCCUACGCAACCGUCCAAAUUAGAAACAGCUCCAACUUCUCUUCUAAGUCCUGUACAUAAUUGUUGAUUGAAGUUGAAGUCUCAAAUUGGCAGAUAAAGUUUCCCCAUUUAGUCCUACAUGAAAUCAGGUUGACAAAGCCGGUUUUGAUGUCCUGUAACAGAUUCCAUAUACUAAAAGAUUUUCUUCUUGUGAACUGUAAAAAUAGAUUUUGGAACAGCAAUUUGUAUUAUUUGUGUUAGAAUAAUGAUAUAGAAUCUUUCUCGGAACAGUUUAGAAAUCUUUAUAACAAGAAUUUACUGUAUUUGAAAUUUUUUUUUAGCUUUUUUUGAGGCUGCAUUUUAAAAUUUUUGUACUUGAGUUUUGUAAGAGCUUGAAAUUUACAAAUCAAAUAAAGUAUGUAAUCAAAAAAAUUUUUAUUUUUAGUAAUCAGCAUUCUUUUUUCAUCGUUUCUUUCCCCCCUCAAGUUUGAUUUAAAAAAAAACAUUAGUAAUCACUAUCAAAAAUCUGGUAAAGGAAAUUCUGUUCUACAAACAAAAAAUUGUUUACUUUUUUAUUUUUAUGAUU